AUUGUCGUGGGAAAAUUCGCGCAAACACCGCUGCGUUUACGUACAAGCAGUUCAAUAUAAUAAAGUCCAGUCGCGUUCGCCUCUUGCGGCUUGUCAUUUUCCGCCUGGUGCUUCGUGUAAUGACGUUCCCGAAGACAGACUCACAGUACAUUCAUGGUGGCAAAAUUUACUCGCAGAUUCACAUGUUACGUCAGUCGAGCGUCUGAUCGUGAGAAUCUUCAUCUCUUAUCUAAUUGACAUGUAAUGCGCAGUGUUUAACAAAUUGGCCCGUUACAAAUUCGCGUUAUUCGCAUUUGAAGCAAGUAUUCGACAGAAGCAAGAGGCGAGGGUGGGCUUGAGGAUGAACAGCUGGCAAGGGAAGCUAUAACGGGACGAGCACCGAAGGGGUGCACGCGAUUCGCGGCGCCACGAAUUCGAUCCCGCUCGAUUAAAAUUAACGCUUAACGCGCACGUGCGCGUGUGCGUGCAUGCGUGUCCCGGGCUUACCUGCAGCGGCGACAUGGCACGGCCAGUGACACAGAGGAGGCGCACAUGCGGAGGCGACACUGACAGCAAAAGAGAGAGAGAGAGAUAGCCUCAUGGAGGUGGGGAAGGUGGAAAAGGAGGAAAAAGGAGAGGAGGCGGUGGAACAAGCGGAGGCGCACCGUGUGCCGUGUACAGAGAGAAAACGACGACCGCGACUUCGCGAGCGAACUCGCGUCGGAGCCGAGAGAGUCGGCGAACCGCUCACCGAUUCCAAAGUCCGCCGUCACUCGGGCAGGUUCAGUUGUCCCCGAACCCCCGAACCGUUCGGACGCGUUCUCCAGAGGCAGAUUUUCAACCUGCAGCGUGAUCGCGAACACACUCCACGCGCGAUCCCCUCGCGACCCUGCUUUCCACAUACGCAAGCGCGCAAGCACUCACGCACGUGAACCGGUACCACCGAAAAAGCACCAAAGUGCACGCAGAGUUCGAUCGAUCGAGGAUCGUCUAGGAGAUCGGUUUGUCCGACGUGAACGCGCUGUCCAGUCACGACUGUCAACGUAGGGGUUGCCGCCCUCGUCUCUGCGUCGACGGAACGGCCGCGAGAACCAACCACCUGUCUCUCAGUCCACCGAGACGAAGGGGAACGCGAGAUCGUCAUCGAUCCGAACGAUCGAUCGGCUAAGACGUAGUCGACACGUAAAAUGGUGGCGUCGCAAAACGACGGUGGCAGAAGUAUGGGAGGCGGCGAUGGUGGUGGCGGUGGCGGCGAUGACACCGUUUACACGGUGACCGUGAGCGGGGUCGGCUACAGGAACGAGGGCUACAAGGACGACGGUACCGACGGCAUACCUCCGGAGCCGCAGAAACCGCCGCAGCUACCGGCCACGGACGAUGACACGCAAUCGCGGAAGUUCAAGCUGUCGCGCGGCGAGAAGUGGCGCAUCUUGAAGAACAUCGGCACCGUGUCGAUCGCGUUCAUGGUACAAUUCACCGCGUUCCAGGGCACGGCGAACCUGCAGUCGUCCAUUAACGCCAGCGAUGGCCUCGGCACCGUCUCCCUCUCGGCGAUCUACGCCGCCCUCGUGCUCUCGUGCAUCUUCGUGCCCACGUUCCUCAUCAAGAGGCUCACGGUCAAGUGGACCCUUUGCUUGUCGAUGCUGUGUUACGCACCAUACAUCGGCUCGCAAUUCUACCCCAAGUUCUACACCCUGGUACCGGCCGGGGUGCUCCUCGGCCUCGGCGCUGCGCCGAUGUGGGCCGCCAAAGCCACUUACCUCACGCAGGUUGGCGGCGUCUACGCGAAGAUCACUGACCAACCCGUCGAUGCCAUCGUCGUGCGGUUCUUCGGAUUUUUCUUCCUGGCGUGGCAGACCGCCGAGCUCUGGGGCAACCUCAUCUCUUCGCUUGUAUUGAGCGAUGGCGGGCACGGCGGUGGCGGUGGCAACAGCAACAGCACGAUCACCAACUGGGAUAAAAUCAAUCUUUGCGGCGCCGAUUUCUGCGUCCUUGGCAACGGAGGCCACGAGAACCUGGAACGACCGCCGGAGUCGGAAAUCUACGAGAUCUCCGCGAUCUACCUCACGUGCGUCAUCGUCGCGGUAAUCAUCGUCGCCCUGUUCGUCGAUCCUCUCUCCAGGUACGGUGAGAAGCAACGACGCUCAGAUAGUCAAGAACUCAGUGGCAUCCAAUUGCUCUCCGCUACGGCUUACCAGCUGAAGAAGCCUUACCAACAACUACUGAUACCCAUCACGAUAUGGAUCGGCAUGGAACAGGCCUUUAUCGGCGCCGAUUUCACGCAGGCGUACAUCUCCUGCGCUCUGGGUGUCCACAGGGUCGGCUACGUCAUGAUCUGCUUCGGGGUGGUCAACGCAGGCUGUUCGUUGUUGUUCGGUUCGUUAAUGAAAUUCGUCGGUAGACAGCCACUAAUGGCGCUGGGUGCCAUCGUUCAUGCCUCCCUCGUAGUCGUUCUUCUCAUGUGGAAGCCUCACCCUGAGAAUCCCUAUGUCUUUUACUCCGUGUCGGGAUUGUGGGGUGUGGGUGAUGCUGUGUGGCAGACGCAGGUUAAUGGGCUCUACGGCACGCUGUUCAGGCGCAACAAAGAAGCGGCCUUCUCGAACUACAGGCUGUGGGAGAGCGCCGGCUUCGUGAUCGCCUAUGCGUACAGCACGCACCUCUGCGCCCGUAUGAAGCUGUACGUGCUGCUGACGGUGCUGAUCACUGGCACCACGGGCUAUGUCAUUGUCGAGCUGCUGCACAGGCGCAAGCAACGACGACUCAAAGCGAUCGCUGAGGACCCGAAGGCCGCCCAAAUCGAGGCGAAUCAGCCGGAGGAGACCGACGACGAAAAGGACGACCUCGACGACGAGAUCAUCAUCACCCACCUGUGAGUGAGCCAGAUUGACGCAUUGAAGUCGUUACAAAAACGUCCGCUCGCGCCGUUUUCCCGUCUCGUCGAGGAGGAUUCGAGACGAUGGCCGGAGGACGGGAUCGACCGAUCUCGAUCAGGUAUCCUCUCCUCCGUUGCAUCUGACGAACUCUUCUACUUAUUUCCCCUCAUUUUUGUUCACCGAUUGACUCAGUGAUUCGCCAAGGAUUGUUUAUUCAUUGCGGAGGGUAAAAGUCGGAGGGGCGCGAGUCGGAAUGACGGAUGUGUAUGUAUGAAUGUGUAUGUGCGUGUGUGUAUGCACGAUACUUCCACGAUGAAGUGGAAAUGCCGAACGUCGACAUCGCUUCGCGCGAACACUCGAGGGUGUGAUUCGGCUGCCACCUUCCUCGGCGGGACCGGAAGAGUGUGGCAGAGGCGCAGGAGGGGCUUGGCGAUCGUGGAAUUGCUGAGCUUAUGUCAUUUAAUGCCUCGUUGUUUGAAGAUAAGAGACAAUGAAGCGAUCGCUGUACACCAGUGAACGGCAUUCCUAAUCAGAUAUAAGAAUGGCGUUAUCAGUCACACAUCGCGGUAGACGGACUCACUUGCGUGAGGUGUCAGUGUGCGUCUGUAUGUUUAAAACAGUAUUCUUCCUGCUAAAAAUAGGUGAAUCGAAAGAAAUGGGCAGAGAUCACUUCCCUCGAGUUAUUUCGAAUCACCGGAUAGAUUAUGAUCCCUUUUUUCCGUUUCGUGUAAGAGGAAAUUCAUUUUAAUCGAGCGAGCUCAAAAGAUAUUCUUUUUUACAGAUAUUAAAGUAAAUUUCUUCUUAUUCCGUAUUCUUAACGACUUGCGUCACAUCGCGAUUAAAACCCUCGAGAAAUGAAACUCUACGUUCCUCUUUGUCGUUUGACCUAUUUUCCGCAGGAAUCUUAUCGCGCGCCGCUUUUCGUUUUCUCUUCGAUUAGGGAGAAAAAGGCGCGAGAAACAUAUCAAGUUACUAUAAACACCGUAAGCCGGUUAAUCAAUUGCUUUGGAUGCAAUAUUUCGUCUUACCACACUCUGUACGGUAGCUCAAGAGUCUACAUCUACAACGUAAGCUUAGGAUACGGAUGCAGUUUUAGUGAGAUUUCUUCUUUUGCGAGUCGCCGUGUCAUAGAAUGCUGAUUGUCUCUCUCUCUGAACCGAAAUGAAUUCAGUUUCUCGAUUACCCGUGAUAAUACGGCCGUGUGCCUGAGAAUAUUAACAGCUCGUCGCGUCGGAAUUUCGCGUUCCGUCCAGAGAAUUCCUUCAGAAUAACUUGUCUCCGGCUACUCGUCCGAAAGAAGAACGCGGACGUAAAUUUCGUGGGGCUUUUACAAAAUCCUGCGAAGCCCAGGGCGACCGUUUCCGAGUCGAUUAUCACGGUAGACUGGCGGAUUAAUUGCAUGAGUGCUGUCCUUAUCCGAUAUUUAUCGGCCUUACUCUUUGCGCCUCGUGUCCAUCCAUGCAUUUAUACUGCACGUGCUCCUGGAGUCGCGCGAUAAACCGGGUGCUCGACUCCAGUUGCAUUUUCCGACGACGAGCGAGCGAGCGAGCUGUUUCCUUGCGGCGCGUCCACUUUUUUCCGUAGUGACCAGAACGGGACGAGCAAGAAGCUGGGGACAGGAAACCCCGCGAGAAUCCUGUCCUCCGAGGCGGCACAUUCAGGCCCGGAAUACCAGCCACCUAUUUAUAUACCCGCGAUAGUAAUCCGUCCGACCGACACACUCCUUCAACGAGGACUCCUCGCGUUUGCAUAUCACGUUUUUUUUUUAUCUUACGUCCGGCUUUCCUCGGUCGUUUUGCUCGUCUUACCGGCGAAAACUCGUCCUGGCGGCGCGAUGUGAUUUUCUACGCGAGGAGAGCCCUGUAAUUGAGGGUGCUGGAGGCUACAAGAGUGGAACAACGCGUUGUGCCCUGCUCGUUUUUUGCGCAUUUAACGUUGUCUCUUCCUUAUGUCUUCUCGUCUUCUUUUCACUCUCUCUCUCUCUCUUUUUUUCUGUUGCUUCAAUGCUGUAAAUUGCUGUAAUUAAAA